AUGGCGAAUUCUGCAUCUAGAGAUUGCGUUGAUUUUGAUCGUGAUUGCGAGCGUGUGUUUCCUUCUGGAGUUCGUUUGGUUGAUUCGUUUGUGCAACAAUUCUUAAAGUCAUUUUUGAUCAUUUAUUUUUACAUUUUUAUAUCGAUAUUAUGUGUAGUGUGGAAAAAAAAUGAUGAUAUUGUGUAUUUAGAAGCAGAACAGUCUGAAUUAAAGGAUAAAGAAUUUAAAUCUGAAGAUGAAGCUUUCGAAGCGUAUAAUGAAUAUGCUUUUAGGAAAGGUUUUGGAAUUCGAAUUGGGAAGAGUAAGAGAAGAAGAGAUGAUUCUUUUUUGAUGAAAAGAUUUGUUUGUUGUAAUGAGGGAUUCAAAGAUAAUAAGUGUAAGAAUAAAAGGAUUUAUGAGAAGUUAGAUCAUCGAAUUGGUUGUUUAGCUUUUGUGCAGUUUCAUAUUGAUCAUUUAGGGGUCUAUACAUGUACAAGACAUGAAAUGGUUCAUAAUCAUACUAUGAUUCCUCCUGAAAAAAGGCAUUUGAUAAGGUCUCAAAGAGAUGUGAAUAAAGAGCAGCUUCUUUUCAUUUCAACAAUGAAAUUGAGUGGAGUCAAAGUUACUGAUUCUUUGAGGGUUCUAAAGAAGGAGGUUGGGGGAUCUCCUAAUCUUUGUUUUACUGCUUCUGAUGCUUAUAAUGCAUUGUCAUCUGAAAAAGCUGCCCAAAUUGAAGGAUGUGAUAGUAACCAAUUGAUUAAAUAUUUUGCCAAGAGACAUGUGGAUGAGGCAGAUUUUUAUUAUGAUUUUGAACAAGAUGAUAGUGGUGCUUUAGUUAGUUUUUUUUGGCGUGAUGGUAGGAUGAUGAGAGAUUAUCAUUACUUUGGAGAUUUGUUGGUUUUUGAUAUAACUUAUAGAACUAAUAAAUAUGGAAUGAUAUGUGCUCCAUUUGUUGGGAUGAACCAUCAUGGUAACAAUGUCAUGUUUGGUAUGGGUUUUAUUCUUAAUGAGCGCACCAAGUCUUUUGAUUGGUUGUUUGAUACAUUUUUGCACUCAAUGGGGAGGAAAAGUCCCAUUACAAUUAUGACUGAUCAAGCACAAGCGAUUGCAGCGGGUAUAAGAAACAUUUUUCCUUCAACUGUUCAUCAUCGUUUAUGUGUAUGGCAUCUUGAACAAAAUUCUAAGAAACACAUUGGAGCAUUGAGAGCUUUGGAAGGCUUUACAGAUUUGUUUGGAUAUCUUUUGAAGUAUUGUGAAACUCCUGCUGAAUUUGAAUAUUUCUGGAAAAGGUAA